UCAUAUUACGAUUUUGUGUAUCAAGCAGCAAAAAGCAGACGCUAUAAAUGCAUUUAAAGUUCACGUGAUCUACGUUAUCUUUCCAUUUUACUUAAUAUGUAACAAGUAUAACGCAAUGACUUUAUCAAAUUAUUAAAAUUGUUUUCAAGUUGAAUAUUUGGAAAGUAAUAGUUUGGAUAAAAUUACGUACAUUGUUUUUUGUAAAUCGUCACCUUUGAAUAUAAAAAAUAUAAAAGCUUGUUAUAAAAAUGACUAUUCGUCAGUCAGUAUUAGUGAUUGGAAGUGGAGGAAGAGAACAUGCAAUAUGCUGGAAACUUGCACAAUCAGAAUAUGUUGAGCAUAUUUAUGUUGCACCAGGAAAUAGUGGUAUGGUUCAUGAAAAUAAUGUCAAAUUAAUUACAUUAGAUGUUACAGAUAACGAGAAAAUAUGUGAUUGGUGUAAAAAAAAUAGUAUAAGUAUGGUUGUAAUAGGCCCUGAAGAUUAUUUAGCACAAGGACUUGCUAAUCAUUUGAAUAAAAUUAAUAUAUUAUGUUUUGGUCCUCAAAAAGAAGCAGCAAAAAUUGAAUCUGAUAAAAUUUGGUCAAAAAAAUUUAUGAAUCGCCAUAAUAUUCCAACAGCUAAGUGGAGAGGAUUUAGAGAUAGUGAAGAAGCUAAGAAAUUUGUUCAAGAAGCAUCUUUCAAUGCCUUAGUUAUAAAAGCUUCAGGCUUGGCAGCUGGAAAAGGUGUUAUAAUUGCUAAAAACAAUGAAGAAGCUUAUGAAGUUAUUGAUGAAAUAUUGAAUAAUAAAAAAUUUGGUUCAGCUGGUAGUGCAAUUGUUGUUGAAGAACUUUUAGAAGGAGAAGAAGUUUCUAUGUUAGCAUUUACAGAUGGUAAAACUGUAGUAAGUAUGCCUCCAGCACAAGAUCAUAAAAGAAUUUUUGAUGGAGAUCUAGGUCUUAAUACUGGUGGUAUGGGAGCCUAUUGUCCUUGUUCACUUUUGACACAAAAAGAAUUUAAAGAAAUAGAAAAACAAAUUCUUCAAAAAACUAUUGAUGCUCUUAGAAAAGAAAAUAUACCAUUUAUAGGUGUUUUAUAUGCUGGUUUAAUACUUACUUCAGAAGGACCAAAGGUAUUAGAAUUUAAUUGUAGAUUUGGUGAUCCUGAAACACAAGUUAUUUUACCUCUAUUAAAGUCUGAUCUAUAUACCAUAAUGAAAUCAUGUUGUGAAGGAAAUUUGAGCUUAGAAAAUAUUUCAUGGAGGGAAGAUAUUUUUGCUACUGGAGUCAUUCUAGCCUCACGUAAUUAUCCUAAAUCAUCAUCAAAAGGUGAAAUUAUUACUGGUAUUGAAGAAGUAAUUUAUAGGAAUAAUCAUUAUGUUUUUCAUAGUGGAACCAGUAAGUUAUCUCACAGAGAAUUGUUGACAAAUGGUGGUAGAGUAUUAAUCACUGUAGCUGUAGCUUCUUCAUUGGCAUUAUCGACUGUUCAAGCUACAGCAGCAGCUCGUCAUAUUAAAUUUGAUGGAAAGCAAUUCAGAACAGACAUUGCUCAUAAAGGAAUACCAAGAUCGAUUUUACAACAUGGUCAAAUUACAUAUAAAAACAGUGGUGUAGAUAUUGAAUCUGGUAAUUUCUUUAUUUCUCAUAUUAAACCAUUAGUUUUAUCUACUAAACGUAGUGGAACACUUGGUAAUAUUGGAGAUUAUGGUGGUUUAUUUGAUACAAGAGCUGCAGGUUAUAAAGAUCCGAUACUUGUUUCUGGUACAGAUGGUGUCGGUACAAAAUUGAAAAUAGCUUUUGAAUAUAAAAAGCAUAAUACUAUUGGCAUUGAUUUAGUUGCUAUGUGUGUAAAUGAUGUUCUUGUACAUGGUGCAGAGCCUCUGUUUUUUCUUGAUUAUUUUACUUGUGGCUAUUUAAAUAUUGAGACAGCAACUGAAGUUAUAAAUGGGAUAGUUGAAGGAUGUAAACGUGCUGGCUGUUCUUUAAUUGGUGGAGAAACUUCAGAAAUGCCAGAAAUGUAUAAACAUGGAGAAUAUGAUUUAGCUGGAUUUGCUGUAGGGGCUGUUGAAAGAAGUAAUUUAUUACCGAAAUUUGAUGAAAUUAAAUCGAAUGAUAUUAUUAUUGGUUUACCAUCAAGUGGAAUACACAGUAAUGGUUUUAGUUUAAUUCGAAAAAUUUUAAAAAUGAUUAAUAAACAGUACUCCGAUAUAGCUCCUUUUUCAAAAACGGGAAGAACUAUUGGUGAAGAAUUACUAGUACCUACGAAAAUUUAUUCGAAAGCUUUACUUUCUGUAUUAAAAUUACAAUUAAUAAAAGGAUUUGCACACAUUACUGGUGGAGGUUUAAUAGAAAAUAUUCCUAGAAUUCUACCUAAUGGUGUCGGUGCAAUGCUAGAUGCAACAAAAUGGAAUAUUCUUCCAAUUUUCGGAUGGUUAGCUAUUGUAGGCGAUGUUAAAAAAUAUGAAAUGUUAAGAACAUUUAAUUGUGGAAUUGGUGGAAUAAUUAUUUGCUCUUUAGAAAAUAAAAAUAAUGUAAUGGAUCUUUUAAAAUUAGAAAAUCCUGUUGUUAUUGGAAAUAUUAAUUCUCUGAAAGGGAGUCAGCAAAUUGUUGAAGUAAAAUUUUUUGAGAAAUCUAUUGAAUUUGAAAUGAAGAAAUAUGUUCAGCCAUUAAUUGAAAAUAUAUCAAAACCUUUAAAAAAAGUAGGAGUUUUAAUAUCUGGAAUUGGAACAAAUUUGCAAGCCUUAAUUGAUGCCACAAGAGAUCCAGUACAACAUAUUGGCGCUGAAAUAGUUUUAGUAAUUUCAAGCAAAGAUAAUGUAGAAGGAUUGAAACGAGCUAAAAGAGCAGGAAUUAUAAAUAAAGUCAUUAAACAUACAGAUUUUAUAAAUAGAGAAGCAUUUGAUCGGGAAAUUGACAAAGAGCUUGUAAAAGCUGGAGUGGAAAUAGUAUGCCUGGCAGGAUUUAUGAGAAUACUCUCUUCCGAAUUUGUUGCUAAAUGGAGAGGUGCUAUAAUAAAUAUUCAUCCAUCAUUAUUGCCUUCAUUUAAAGGAGUAAAUGCACAUAAGGAUGUUUUAAAAUUUGGAGCUCGUAUUUCUGGCUGCACCGUACAUUUUGUAAUGGCUGAGGUUGAUUCUGGAACUAUUAUUGAACAAGAAUCAGUACCUGUUUUUCCCAGUGAUACUGUACAAACCUUAGAAAAGCGAAUAAAGAUUGUAGAACAUAAAGCAUUUCCAAGAGCUUUAAAAUACUUAGCUACAGAAAAAAUACGAUUAAGAGAAGAUAAUUCUCUUGAAUGGAAAAACUGAAAAUAUA